AAUCGGAUAUCAUAAUGAAUUUGCCUUGGGGCUUCUAAAAUGGAAAGGUGCAAUGAAAUUCAGCAAUCUUCAAAUUUCUAUAUAUACACCCGCCUAAGUUUGGGUUUUGGGGUAUCAAACAUUGGAAGUGUUCUUUCUUUCUCCAGCUUCUUCGUUCUCUCUGCUAGCUAGUUGUAUUUUGAAACUUGAUUUGCAUAUCAUUUGAAAAGAUGGCUCAAACCAGUAAGCUCGAAUCAGAAAUAGAGAUCAAGUCUCCUGCAAGAGAGUAUUUUAAGCAUUUCUUGGAUCACACUAUCCAUUUUCACAAGGUCACCCCUCAUGAUUCACGUCGAGUACAUAUACUUGAAGGAGAUGGGAAGAGUGUGGGCUCUAUCACAAGCUGGAAUUAUCUUUCAGAUGAUGGAAAGGUUUUGAGUGCAAAAGCUGAAUUAGAAGCCUUGGAUGAAGAAAACAUGUCCCUCACAUUGAGGUUCUUUCAAGGAGAUAUUGCACAGCUGUACAAAUACUAUAAGCUGAAUGUACAAGUAAUUGAAAACAAGGAGAAGAGCUUCGUCAAAUGUUGCAUUGAAUAUGAGAAGGUUGAUGAAGGUGUGGCUGAUUCAAAUAUGUAUAUGGAUGCUGCAUGCAGACUCGUUAAUUGGAUGGAUUCCUACGCUCUCCAAGCUUAAUUUAAUGCUGAUGGUGGGUUGAUUGCUACUGCUUUAUAUGUUAAUGUUAGCUGCCUGAUCUAUAUAUGUAUGUAUCCAUCUUUAAUUGCAAUUAGAUUUGGAUUAUACAGUUGGGAUAUUGUUCUCUGGGUCUCUAGUACUCUAUGUUUGUGGGUGGAACUAGAUAGAGUUAUGUUGAUUUCUGGGUCUCUAGUUACGUUGUUGGUGAUUGUUGUACCACCACCGUGGAGCAGUUGUCCUCUUGCUGCUUGUUCAUCUCUCAAUUUGUAUGUUUUAUUCUUUCUAAGAACUUGUGUACCUGCUGGUUUAUGAAAUUGGAUGGUAUUUUGUUGCUCUUGGUAA